AGGGAGUGAGGGAGGUGGGAGAAGUGAACACAGCGGGAGCCUGCGUAGGAAGCAAAACCCAGUGUGGAGGCUUGUUCUUCCAGGGCCAGCGACGCUCGGGAGGGCCACAGCGGGGCUCGGAGCCGCUGGGCUGCGGCUAUGAGGCUCCUGGCUCCCGGCACGUAGCUCGACCCGGUGCCAGCUCUUCCUGUUGGUUGUCCCCGCAUCGGGCACUCAGGCCCACCCCGGGGCCCUAGUGGCUUCCCUUUCCAAAACCCCUGGACGCCGGGUAGGGUCCAGGGUAGGAGGGUGGCCACGCGGCUGCGGAGGAGCCCCAAGGGCUCUCUUGGGACUCCGAGGACCCGUCCCGCACCGCGAGAGCCACAGCCCUGCGCCGUCCCUGCAGAUGUCGGGAGCUAUCUUCGGGCCCCUGGAGGGCCCAGGCGCCCUGGACGCCGCGAGCGGCCACCCGCUCGUGUGCCCUCUGUGCCAGGCGCAGUACGAGCGCCCGUGCCUGCUGGACUGCUUCCACGACUUCUGCGCCGGCUGCCUGCGUGGCCGGGCUGUGGACGGCCGCCUGACCUGCCCGCUGUGUCAACACCAGACCGUGGUGAAGGGUCCCAAUUGGCUCCCACCGGUGGACCGGCUGCUGCAGUUCCUGGUGGACAGCUCCGGGGAUGGCGUGGAGGCGGUGCAUUGUGCCAACUGUGACCUGGAGUGCAGCAAGCAGGACGCGGAGACCACGUACUUCUGCAACACCUGCGAGCAGCCCCUGUGCGCGCGCUGCCGCGACGAGACGCACCGGGCACGCAUGUUCACACGCCACGACAUUGUGGCCCUAGGCCAGCGCAGCCGCGACGUGAUCCAGAAAUGCACGCUGCACGCGGAGCCCUACAUCAUGUUCUCCACCGACAAGAAGUCGCUCUUGUGCAUCCGCUGUUUCCGGGACCUGCAGGGGGAGAGUCGCGCCCACUGCGUGGACCUGGAGUCGGCUUACGUGCAGGGCUGCGAGCGGCUGGAGCAGGCCGUGCUGGCCGUGAAGGCCCUGCAGACGGCCACCCGGGAGGCCAUUGCGCUGCUGCAGGCCAUGGUGGAGGAGGUGCGGCGCAGCGCAGCUGAGGAAGAUGCUGCUAUCCACGCCCUCUUCGGCAGCAUGCAGGACAAACUGGCAGAGAGGAAAGCACUGCUGUUACAGACCGUGCAGAGCUUGGCCAACAAGGCUGAGUUCCUGGACCUGGGCUACGAGCUGAUGGAGAGGCUGCAGGGCAUUGUCACAGGGCCGCAUCGGCUAAGACCAGCGCAGAGCAGCAAGAUCACCAGCGACCACCGCGCCGAGUUCGCACGCUGUCUGGAGCCGCUGCUGCUGCUGGGGCCAAGUCAGGCUGCCCCUGCCGCCAAUACGCUGCCAGGGGGCUCAGGACCCAAGGUGCUGAUGGGAGCCAGCUGCCCCUCCCCAGUGAGAAAGAUGCCAGGGUCACCGGUCCAAAAGCCCACCCUGCACCGGUCCAUCAGCACCAAGGUGCUGUUGGCUGAGGGGGAAGACACGCCCUUCACAGAGCACUGCCGCCACUAUGAGGACUCCUACCAGGGUCUGCAGGCGGAGGUGCAGAACCUGAAGGACCAGGUGCAGGAGCUGCACCGCGACCUCACCAAGCACCAUUCACUCAUCAAGGCCGAGAUCAUGGGUGACAUCCUGAGCAGGUCCCUGCAGCUGGAUGCACGGAUCGCCUCUGAGUACAGCUCUGCAGAGGGCAUGAGAGCAGUCUUCCAGGAGAUCUGGGAGGACUCCUACCAGAGAGUAGCCAACGAGCAGGAGAUUUAUGAAGCCCAGCUCCAUGACCUUCUGCAGCUCAAGCAGGAGAAUGCCUACCUGACCACCAUCACCAAGCAGAUCACACCCUACGUCCGCUCCAUUGCCAAGGUGAAGGAGAGGCUGGAGCCCAGGUUUCAGCUGCCUAUGGAUGAACAGUCAGAGACUCCACAAAGCAUGUAUGAGGACAGGAAUAGCGAGAUCCUGGCCAGGAAUGAUCCAGGAAGUGUCAUGGAGAAGGGAGAGAAGACAUCAGAGUCCAAAGGAAACAGCAGGGCUCUGAGUGGUGCCUCUGAAGACCCUCCACUGAAGAACAGAGACCACCUGAGACCCAAGCAGAAAAAUGGGGAUGAUAUUUCCACAUGCCGAGAGCAGCCAACUUAGCAAACAGGCCCUGAACCAACUAGCUGGGCUUUCAUGACGGGCACAUGGAGACUGGGAUACUUAAGAAAAGAUUGUUCUCAUUAUGGUCUCUUCUUUCAAAGGUGACACUUGAUCAAAAGUAAACCUCAGAAAAGAAAAGCCAGGCUGCUACACUUCUGUGUUCCCAGCACACAAGCUCACGAGGGUGAUUUCCCAUUCCCACCAGCAAUGUGCUGCCCACAGCCUGCCUGUUCAGCACCACGCUGGGUGUCUAUGGGCUGAGCCUUGUUCUCUGAAGCCAACAGGUCCUGCUGCCCCUAUAGGCAUCAAGACUCCACCACAGCACAGCACCUGCUCUGACGCCAAGGAAGCCAGUUUCUGCCUCACUGUUGACCUGGUGCCACCAGAAAGUCCCACCCAGUAAUCUGAGCAGUGACUCACAAAAAGGUCAGGGCAGAGGUCACAAAGCCCAGGGACAGCCUCUGGCCAGCCCUGUGGCACAUCUCCGCGUGACCCUGUCAGGGCUUUCCCCAGCUACCUUGACUCGUUCCCUCGCUGCCAGGAGUGAUAUGCGGUGGCCCUUCUCCAGGCAUUCUCUCCUGUCACUUUCCACUCCUACACAGCACCCUCUUAACAAGUGCUCAACAAAACAACCUGAGAUGGGACAUUUAAGUGUGGAGGCUGAACGAUACCCCCUAGUCACAUUUUAGGCAAAUAUCCAGGUCCACUCGGUGGUCUCAAUAGCAAAUGGCCUCUAUGGACGUCAAUACAAAAAUGCUGAAGUCCACAUCCCAAAGCGGCACAAACCUGUGUGGCAGCUUAAGGAAAAAGGAACGCAUCAUUAGGAAUUGGGCAGAGGCAGGAACUCAGAGAGGGCCAAGGAGGCACAGCAUGCCUGAUCUGAUGCCGGCAGCUAUGGACCUUCCUUAUCCAGGCCAUCAAAGGCAUGUGAUCACCUCAGGGCUUCCACAUUCCACACAGUCACACUGUCAUCUGUAGUGAAAUCAAGUACAGUUUAUUUAAGAAUUGGAAAGAAUAAUCAGUAUCUGUGAAAGAAAAUCCAAUUGAAAAUAUUUAAAUAAACAUUUCUGUAUGUAAAAAGAGUAGAAUAAUUACUCUGUAAGUCCCUCUCCUUGCGACGGGAUGGGCUGCCUCCACUCAGGCUGGCGGGGUCUUCUGGGCCCAGGACAAGCAGCCAGAGUGGGCGCUUCCCACCACAUCAGAGAGGCUGAGGUCUCUAGCCCUGCUGAGCCGCUAGGAAAGCCAACUACGGUGGUGCAACUACCUAAGGCAGUGAGAAAGUGCAGAGGGAACGGGGCUCACUGUGGCAGGAUGUGACCAAGGAGCUCUGGCUGAGACCUCACCACGUCUGACACUGACACAGCUUAGUGGUCUAAGAACGUCUUCCCUGUCAUGCCAAUCCCCAGUAAGCAAGUGGGAACCAUCAGUAAAGCCUACCUUCUAGGCUCAAGAAGCAGCUCACACCAAGGAGGACACCAGGGAUGUGUCCUUUGUUUUCCACCCCAGAGGCUCACCUUCUACUGCUUUGCCAACACUACAUUGCUCAGCAGUGGCCUGCAGAUCUUCAUGAAAUGUUUCAUUUUAUGCUGUUUCAAAGUAGCUUGCUUUCUGUACAAUACCCAUUCUUUAUUUAAGAAUCUCCACUUUCACACUUGCAAAGAAAUCUGACAGUUUCUCAACGUGAGGAAACCGGUAAUGUGGCCUUUACAGAGAGUACCCAAAAAGCCUUUGCUCACUGACCUGAUUUUCUGCCCUGGGCCUGUCACUGCUACAUUUGUAAAUUAAAAAAUAAUCUCAACAGCAGCAGGCGAGGUCAAUCCACAGUUCACCCUUCAUCCCUAAGCCAUGGCUGUCUCCUGCCCUGGGACUACAGUGAGGAUAGGAACGUUCUCACUACCACGCCGUGGGAAUUACUUUUUAAAACAAUGCAAUGUCAGCCUUCAGUGAUAUGAAGCAGCAUCACUGUGAAACCUCAAGACUUAGGAUCCUUUGCUCCUGGGCCUGGAAAGAAGGUAAGCUUAUUGGCCUGCAGCAGAUGGAUGCUGACAUCAAAUGCCAACACCCAGCCUUA